CAUUUUUCUCUGAGAGACCAAUUCUCUCAAUCAUUUUUAGCUUCUCCGUCGUGCGCUUUUGCUUGAUUUUGUAAUAAAUCUGAGGAAUUGAUACAAGUGGGCUUUGAUGGGAACCAUAGACCUUAGAGCUGCUACAGAUGAAAACUCGAUUGCGGAUCUCAGCAGUCAAGUUCACCAGCUCCCUUGCUGCAUUAGAUUUGAUGGUCCUGCUGAUGUUUCCCACUUUUUCAAGCCUCAAUCCAGUGAUGUUGAAAUCGAUGGAGUAAGAACUGAAGAAGCUCAUUUCAGAGGAAGGAAGUUGCAGGGAGCAACUAUCUCACUUCCUAGUGGCUAUUCUGGCUUUGUGCUUGGACAAGCGAGUAACCUGAAUGCUAAUGGAAAGAGAAAAGCUUCUAUGCCCGCAGAAGAGAACCAGUGUUGGGAAGUGAAGGCCAAAUUCGACAACCUGACAUAUUGGAAUCACGAUAGUCUUCCUUCAAAGGACGAUACUUUCUUACGUUCUUUUCAUUGGUUUAGCAUUGCAGAAGCGCUGCAUAAACCAGUGAAAGUUGAAGAUUUGGUUGCAGUAUCACAUUGUGGAAAGGAUAAAAUAUGAAGUCGCAUUAACCGUUUUGGGUUUUGAACAAAACAUCUUGUGAAACUAGCAAGUAAUCUAAGACAUGUAAUUCUCAAGGCUUGUUGCUGGGUUAAGACUUGUUCGAGCAUGGAUCAUGUAUUUCUGUAAAACUUUUUUUCUAAGAGAUGAAAAAUGGUAGUUUUGAUUUAGAGAAUUUACUUCAUAAUCUUUAAUAAACAAGUCAUUACAAG